AUGAUACAUGGCUUGUCUGCUCUUCACCGAGCACAUGCACAAAACGUCACACUGCGAUUGCUGACGUCAGCCACUUGCCCCACGCGCUUGUACCAAGCACAGCUUGCGCGCCGCCUGCAGACACAAGCAUGGGAACCAUUGCGCCCUCCGAACCCUGCCGACCUGCCCAAACCCAGGCAGCGCAAAAUCAAGCCCCCUUUUACUCGUCGAAAAUGGGUGCGUCGACUCGCUGCUGUCUCCGCACUGCUCGGCGCAGGGUGGGCAGUUGACCGACAGUUCAAUGCCUCGUCCAUCACUCGCAGCUUGCGCACAUUCAAAGUCGGCCUCUUGAUUGGAAUCGACUACAAGAUCAAUUUCCGUGCGCACCCACCACUUGCAAAUAGUAUCGAGGAUCUCCAUGCCAGGAAUGCGACGAGGAUCUUUGAUCUUCUGCGAUACAAUGGCGGGCUGUAUCUGAAGAUUGGACAGGCCAUUGCUAUGCAGAGUGCCAUCCUCCCGCCACAGUUCCAGAAGAUGUUUCAGCAAAUGUUUGACGAUGCGCCGCAGAACGAGUGGUGGGAGGUGGAGCAGGUCAUACAGGAAGACUUUGGCAAGAGCGUUGAGGAGGUUUUUGGCAUUGGCUUCACUAAGCAAGAUGGCCGAGGUAUCAUGGAGAAGACUGCUCGAGCUAGUGCAAGUGUUGCCCAGGUCCAUUGGGCAAGGCUGGCAGAUGGAAGAGAAGUAGCCAUCAAGAUCCAGAAGCGAGAGAUUGCACAACAGGUCGGAUGGGAUCUCUGGGCUUUCAAGGUUGUCUCCAAAGUAUAUACAUGGUGGUUCGGAAUCCCUGUCUAUACCCUCGUGCCAUACAUAUCAGAGCGCCUGAUGCUAGAAACGGAUUUUGAAAAUGAGGCAAACAACGCUGUAGAGAUGAAGAGACUGGUGUCUGGAGAGCCAAGACUCAAUGGACGAGUUUACAUACCCACCGUUUACCGCGAACUUUCCAGCAAGCGAGUUAUGACAGCCGAGUGGAUAGAGGGAGUCAGGUUAUGGGACAAGGAGGGCAUUACAAACAACUGGAAAGGAGGAUGGCGUCGCGGCAGCCCAGGUGCAGGCGGGGAACAACUACCGCCUAUCCCACAAGAUGCGCCGGUGGACACUAAUGCUCCAGAAGAUGCUACAAGGCAUGAUUUCUUCAAGCCGGAUCGCAGCUACUGGCGGGGCAAGGACGGAAAGGGCGGUCUAGGCGUCUCUCUGAAGUCUACAAUGAAUACCAUUGUAGAUCUUUUUUCGGCGCAAAUGUUCUUAUGGGGAACUGUGCACUGUGACCCGCAUCCAGGUAACGUUUUCGUUCGCCGCCUCCCCAACGGACAACCCGAAGUUGUCCUCAUCGACCACGGUCUGUACAUUCGCAUGGAUCCCAAGUUCCGCCUUCAAUAUGCCACGUUCUGGAAAUCACUAUUGGCUUUCGACAAUGAUAAAAUCGAGGAGAUUGUUAGCAGCUGGGGCGUCAAACAUGCCGACAUUUUCGCCUCUGCAACGCUCAUGCGCCCAUACGAAGGCGGUGACAAGAGCGUAGCUGAAGUCCUCAAAUCCGAACGCAAGGGCAAAGACCAAGCCGAGCGCGCUUUUGAAAUGCAAGCCAAAGGACGCGAUGCAAUCAAGCUUAUCCUUGGCGACGACGCCAAAUUCCCGCGUGAACUUCUCUUCAUCGGGCGCAACCUGCGUAUCGUUCAGGGUAAUAAUCAGUUUCUCGGCUCUCCAGUCAAUCGGAUCAAGAUCACUGGCUUGUGGGCUAGCAGAGCCCUAAUCGAGAGCAAGGAUCUGGGUGUGGGUGAACGUUGGAAGAACUGGGUUCAGCAUCUGCGAUUUCGUUUUGUACUGGCGCUCAGCGAUGCAGUCUUCUUCUGGAGCAAGAUCAAGCAGCUGAUUGGCGUGGGUCGAGGCAUGGAAGAUGACAUUGAGGCGCAUAUGCGCGUUAUGGCCAAGGACUUUGGUGUCGAGUUGAACCACGAAUACAUGUCUCUGAAUGCGAGCCUCAGCAGUGUAUGCAAUGUAACCGUUUCGAGCUGUCCACCACCAUUACAAACGUCCAAGCUCGUGAUGACGCGCCUCAUGAAUGUGCCGAGCCAUCUCAUCUCCCAUAGGUUCAACCGCCCGAAAGCGCUCAACUCCUUCGGCGGCAACAUCAUCCCCGAAGUCAUUGCCGCGCUGCGCGUCCUCAAUGAGCAUCCAGAUACCAUCUUCACCGUUUUAACGGGCGAAGGCCGGUUUUUCUCGGCGGGCGCGGAUGUCAAGGCUGUUGCCGGGGUGGGUGGACAGGCAUUUAAGAAUGAGGCCGAGAACAAGUUGGUGCAGUUGGGGAGGUUUACUUAUGCAACUGAACUUCUACGCUCAAUGAUUGAUCACAAGAAGGUUUUCAUCCUUGCGCUCAACGGCCCUGCUGUCGGUGGCGGUGCAGCAUGGUUCCCUGGUAUCGCAGAUAUAGUACUUGCUUCAUCGACUGCAUGGCUCCAAUGCCCCUUUUCUGCUCUCGGCCUUGUGCCUGAGAACGGAUCUGCGCUGUCCUUUGCCCAGCACAUGGGCAUCCACCGUGCAAACGACUUUCUCAUGUUUGGUCGCAAGCUCACUGCGCAAGAACUGCUUGAUGCAGGCCUGUACAACUAUGUCUGGGACGCGACGGGCGACGAAUUUCAAAACAAGGUUGUAGAUUUCUUGGAGGAGCAGUUGAAGGUGAAUGAUGGCAAGAGCAUGAUUGAGAUGAAGCGGUUGCAGAAUGCGCCCAUUAGAGAUGCGAGGAUGAUGGCGGUCGUCAAUUCGAUUGAUGCGCUUGCGGAGCGGUUCGUCGAGGGUGCGCCAAUGAAGAGGUUUGAAGUGAAGAGGAGAGAGUUGGAGGAGAAGAGCAAGGCUAAGGCGAAGAUUUAG